AUGGCUCAACGUCAACUCUCGCGAACUCUCCCGAAGAACUUCACCUUUCCUUCUCUCAGUGCCGAUGAGCCGAAGACCCCCGAGCGUCCCUCAACCAAUGUCGAAGUUCCCCCUCCGCCUCGCCACUCUGUUUCCAGCUUCCGGUUGCCAAAAACUCGAGUUCGCUCAGGCACAGAUGUUUGCGCGCGGAUGGAUCUGGAUCUGAAUAUCUUCCGUCCCCCCAACAACACCGAGCUGGAAGAGUCCUUCUCCAACGAAUCUACUGGUAGUGAUGAGCGCUUCCUUGCCCCGCCUCGUGAGCGGAUGACGUUCAAAACCCCGCCCGCUCAGAUUCGUGGUACGCCUUUCGACGAUUGCAACGCUGAAAACCCGUGGCCCUCGUGGGAUCAGACGCCACUGGUGGCAGGUGCGAUCAAGCGCCCCGGCUCCGCGUGCUCUAGCAUGUCUGAUUCAUCGGUCGAGUCCAUCGAGACUUUUGCAUCGCGUCCAUCUGUGGGAGGAAGUUGCUCGAGUGUUGAGAGUGAUGUUUUCGAUUCGUAUUUCCCCUUGGAGCUCCCUAAAGAGCUGGAAUCGGAGCCGCCGACUUUGCCCAAGCAGACGGCGCGCCGAGCUCCUGUCCACGACAAAUCUUGGACUCGUGAGAUGGAUAACCAUCUGUGGAACACCUAUCAGCUUUAUCUCCAGGACCCUACCAUCACUCCAUUCAAGAUGACCCCGGGAAGCAUUCCCCCUCUGGGAGUCACCUCGCGGGUCGCUCGCCGUGCGAAGAAGACCUGGGACCAGAAACGGCGUCGCAUCGCCCAGUCUCAGCCGACCACGUCCGGUGAUUGCAGCGGUAACUCGACCCCCAAGGCCACGGAGAAUGCGGCGCAGCCGGCGUGGCCCAAGUCUGAUACCAAGACUCGAGGACGGCUCAAGUUUUUGUGCCGACGCAAGUUCUCCAUUUCUCCCCAUUACCAGCGCUUGAUGCAAUCUCGCAGCCCGGAGCCCGUCGCGGAGAUGUUCGGUGCCGCCUCAGAGCCCCGCGUCCGUGACUUUGCCGAUACCAAGUCUACGCCAUAUGCCACUCGUGACCUCGGUGUCUCACUUACCACACCAAACGACCCGACCCCGUUGUCGCAAUUUGCACAAGAAACGAACGGAGCGACUGAGUCAAAGACGGAAUGGUUUAAUAACCCCGUGGCUGAAGAGUCUCAAAAUGUCCCAGCCCCAGCUCCCAUCCCGCAUCUCAAUGUGGAAUCCACCCACAGCAUUCCACGUCUUGGUUCGCCAUUUGUGUACAACACUUGGGGCCCGGGAGGUCCGAGCCGCCAAAUCCAUAAUCCUCCUGCCUCUGGUCGGCGUGAGACCGUUCAUGCGCCUGGCCGUCGGUUGCGACGUAACACCCAGCUGGAGAAAGCGCUUCAGAACGCAGAUGAUGUCUUCUCGAACGCUCCGGCCGGGAACAAGGAUCCCUCAGAUGAGCAAGUUUCAAGUCGCCUGGAGCUCUACAUCCGUGACAACAAAUUCCAAGACAUCGGCCACGGCCGAGUGCGCAUACGCAACCGUGGAGCCACGACCGGCGCUGUGAAUACUCGAGAUAUCAACCAGCUUUUCUCUCCCCCUUCGUCGCUCAACUCACAGCCCGACGAGGCCACCCCAGCCAUGAAGCCGCCUGUCAACCCGUUGCUCAACCUUGGUGGCGAGCACAUCAAACGGCUGGGCUCACCUUUCAGGGUGGAAGGCCCGCUUAAGCGUCGUGAGCCUCCUCGCCGGUUCAUCAGACACGCCCCCUCUCUUUCCGACCCAUUCUCGAGCGGGGGCCCUCCUUCUGACAGCCCCAUGGUCAACUACUCUCCGAGCCAAGAGCAGGUGAAACCCAUGGGCUCAUUGACAUACGAUUCUACUGAGGAAAAUCUCUCCGAUGCCGAGCGUAUCCGCCGGCAGAUCUUGAACAUGCCUUUCUCGCGCAAAUAG